UAGAACUAAAAAUAUGACAAAAUUAAUAAUAUUGGUCUGAACGGUUAGGUUCGGAUCACGGUUAGAUUUGAUUUAGUUUUUACGGCAUAUUUCAAUUAAGUCAUGACAAAUUACGUGUCAAACUUUUAAAAUAACAACCCACUAAUUUUCGAUCGAAUUAAAGAUCAAUUUCAAACGGGGUCAAAAAUUGUAUAAGUAUUAUGAUCUUAAUCAAUCUUUGAACAGAAAAUAGACUUUUCUAUGUGACCAUAAAAGCUUUAAAUGUGGUAACAAGAAUACAGAAUAAAAAGCUACCAUAAAAAACACAGACAAAGCAAAAGCUAAAUCUCCCACUUAUGGUUGCUGCAUAUUCAGGGAGAAAAACUAUCUGUUAACAAAAAUCAUCACUCAAAAUCUUUAAGAAAAGUGACCAUAAUUUAGCAGCAAAACCAGUAUUAAAGAGUAUUCCUAAUUUCCUAUUAUGCAAAUUUGCCCAUCACUCAACAGCCUGUUUUUGGCAAGAAAUUGAGUGAUAAUUAGUAUUAAAAAAAAUAUAUAUAUUUCUGGGUGUUAAAUAAUUCCAAACAUUGCCCAUGUUUAUGAUUACAAUUUAUUCCCAUUUCAUGUUAUUUUCUACUUUCUAUCUGUUUAUAAUUUCUUCUGUUUCAUCAUUAACUCUUUUAUAAGAAAAUUAAAAGCCUUGUUUGGAGGGCAGUUAGAAGUUUUUUCAUUAUGUGGGAUUCUGAAACUGAGUCUCUUGGAGGAAGAGAAUCUGGAAAUGGAGCACUUAUAACUGCCAAACAUGGCGUUAAAACUGAUGGGUUUGAACAAAGAGGUCAAUCAUGGUUUGUUUCAACUGAAAUUCAAAGUGAUAUUUUGGUCCAAAUUGGUGAAAUCAACUUUCACUUACAUAAGUAUCCUUUGAUCUCAAGGUGUGGAAGAUUGAGUAGGAUUAUAUAUGACACCCACGAAGAACUAAACAAGAUCCGCUUAGACGAUCUCCCUGGUGGACCGGACUCAUUCGAACUAGCAGCGAAAUUUUGCUAUGGGAUAGCAGUAGAUCUUACAGCAUCCAACAUUUCAGGUCUUAGAUGUGCAGCCGAGUAUUUAGAAAUGACGGAGGAUCUAGAAGAAGGAAACCUCAUAUUCAAAACCGAAGCCUUCUUGAGCUAUGUUGUGCUUUCAUCUUGGAGAGACUCCAUCAUUGUUUUGAAGAGUUGCGAAAAACUCUCGCCAUGGGCGGAAAACCUUCAAAUUGUCCGAAGGUGUAGUGAGUCUAUCGCUUGGAAGGCUUGCGCGAAUCCAAAGGGUAUAAGGUGGAACUAUACCGGGAGGCCUACAAACGUUUCAAGCCCCAAGUGGAAUGAUCUUAAGGACUCUAGCCCUAGUAGGGCUGUCCAUGUGCCUCCCGAUUGGUGGUUUGAGGAUGUGUCGAUACUAAGAAUCGAUCAUUUUGUUCGUGUGAUGACUGCUAUUAAGGUUAAAGGAAUGAGAUUUGAGUUAAUCGGUGCUUCAAUUAUGCAAUAUGCGUUUAAAUGGAUACCGGGCCUAGCCAAAGAUAGUGGCGGUGAACCCACAUUGGAUGAGCUCGCUAGUAUUAGUUGCGGAAAUGGGAAUAUCAGUAGAGACAGCAGCAGCAGCAGCAGCGGUAGUGGCAGUGGCAUGGGUAGUGGUGGAAGCUGGAGGGGCGGGCUCCACAUGGUAGUCGCGGGUAACAAGGACGAUCCUGAAACGUUUAAAGCAAAAGAUCAAAGAAUGAUCAUAGAGAGCUUGAUUAGUAUAAUCCCACCCCAAAAGGACUGUGUUUCCUGCAGCUUCCUUCUGAGGCUUCUAAGGAUGGCGAACAAGCUAAAAGUGGCCCCCGCUUUAGUCACUGAGCUAGAAAAACGCGUUGGUAUGCAGUUCGAGCAAGCAACCUUAUCAGAUCUUCUUAUACCAUCGUACGAUAAGAGCGAGACAAUGUAUGAUGUGGAUUUAAUUCAGAGACUUUUGGAGCAUUUCUUAGUGCAGGAACAGACUGAAUGUGCUAGUAGUCCCGGCAGGCAGUACUUGGAUAAGAACUUAUACGAGGACGGUCAAAAGGCUGGUGUUUCUAAUGCUAAAGUUCGAGUUGCAAGGCUCGUCGAUAGCUAUUUAACUGAGAUUUCUCGGGAUAGGAAUCUCUCGCUUACUAAGUUUCAGGUCCUGGCCGAGGCUCUUCCCGAAUCUACAAGAACUUGUGAUGAUGGGCUUUACAGAGCUAUAGAUUCCUAUCUCAAGGCACACCCUACACUAUCAGAACAUGAACGAAAGAGACUAUGUCGAGUCAUGGACUGUCAAAAGCUUUCCAUUGAUGCCUGUAUGCACGCAGCUCAAAACGAGCGUCUUCCCUUGAGGGUAGUUGUACAAGUCUUGUUUUCCGAACAAGUCAAGAUAAGCAACGCAAUAUCGAACACCAGCCUGAAAGACAAUGCAGGGGAAUCCCAAUUUCAGCCGAUGGUCUCAAACCGAAAGACACUUCUAGAAGGAACCCCACAGUCGUUCCAAGAAGGGUGGGCAACCGCAAAGAAAGAUAUUAACACCCUCAAGUUUGAGCUUGAGAGUGUGAAAACAAAAUACGUGGAACUACAAAAUGAGAUGGUGAGUUUACAAAAACAGUUCGAUAAGAUGAAUGCGAAGCCUAAACAGGGUUCGUCUUCAUCUUCUUCGGCUUGGAGUAGUGGGUGGAAGAAGUUGAGCAGGCUUGCAAAGAUGAGUCAUUUGGAUAGUCAUGAUGAUGGGUCUGAUCAGCCUGUUGCAGAACAGACUAGAAAAACUCCUAGAAGGUGGAGGAAUUCCAUUUCUUGAGCAUUAUCAAGGCUUUUUUUUUUUUUUUUUUUUUUUUUUUUUUUGGUUUAUAAUUCUUUUAAGCCAACAUAAAUCUAAAGAGGAAAAAAUUGGUUGUUCUUAUGUGUGUAAUUCUAUGUAUGUGUUUCAAAUGCGUGAGAUUAAGAUGUAGAUGUUGUCAUCAGUAAAUUUUUUUAUUAUUUCUUCA